GCGAAUAGCUACAAACGCAACGAAGUUGUUACUUACCUUGACUACCAAAUAUACAUAUAAUGGCAGGACCGGUCGCCGAUCUUCACCCGCUUUCCCGGUCUGAUGGUUCAGCUUCCUACAAAUGCCCUUUCACUGGGUCGAAUAUCCUGGGAUCGGUCAAUGCGCCUAUUGAGCUGCCCGGGCGCCGAGAUGCUUUGAAACCGGAAGAGGCGACCAUUGAAGUGUUUGUGAAACCAGGUACUGCUCCUGGCGGUGUUGGUGAGCGAUACGUGGAGGGUAUUGUCAGAAGCGCGUUGGGCAGAGUCAUUUUGGGCCGUGAAAAAGGAUACCCAAGACGGGGGGUUGUUAUCACCUUGGCUAUAGUCGGUGGAGAGGGCGUGGCCAGAGGAGGAUCAUACCUCCCGUUGCUCCCCGCGCUCCUUCAUACUGCCACCCUCGCGCUGUUAUCAGCUUCCGUUCCCCUGUCGGUCACACUGUCGGCUACGAUCCUUGCCGUCGAUCCCGCCGGUAAAAUUAUUCGCGAGCCGUCCACCAAGGAGGCGAAGGCUGCUGCCUCCCUUCAUGUCCUCGCUUUCACAUCCAAAGGGCACCUACUUCUCAACGAAAGUGAGGGUGCGUUUACGUAUGAUACAUGGGAGGCUGUAUAUGAGCGCGCUCUGGUUAUCUGUCUUGGUAGUUCCGCUCUUAGUUCCGACGGCGAUGUGGCCAUGGCCGAGUCCACAGAGAGCCAGCCCCUAGAAGGCAUACUACGCGACACCGUUGAAGACCAUAUUCAUUCUGAAUACUCCUGGAAGCUUGCUGCUUGA